AUGAGCAACCACAUCAGCUGGCUUGGUCUGGCGGCCUUGUCAUCCAUCGCGGGUUUGCCUCUUGCUGAUGCCCGCGCCCUGAUCAAAGACAAUGGAGCGGCCAACAACGACAACAACCUGCUCCUCACCCGUGGCGAACAUGAUGACACAUGUUCUUCGGUCAUAAUCAACAUCGACCCCGACCGCUAUGGCUGCGGACCCGGACAGCUUUCCGUACUCGAUACAUGUCAGGACCUCGUCUUCGGCUCAGACCCGCUUAGUUGUGCUGGCAAAAAGUGCCUGCCUGGUCAGUGGUGUGACGAAGAUGUCUGCCGCUCGAUCCAGGUCCUCACGAGCCCUCUCCAGUGUGGCCCUGCCAAAGAAGACUGUGGCAGCAACCAGGUCUGCGUCAACGGCGUCGUGCAGCCCAUCGACACUGGAUUCGACGGCACGAGCUGCGGAGCUGAAGGCUCCAAUAAGACUGCUUGCAACCCUGGCUGGGCUUGCUACGAAAAUUCAUGUACACCCAUCACUAUCGGAUCCAAUGGCUGUGGCUCGAAGGACACCGAGUGCGCCUACGAGCACCUCAUCAUUGGUACUGACUCAACCCACUGCGGCUCCAACGAAACCGCAUGCGACUCUGGAAGUCUCUGCGUCUUUUCCGAAUGCUUGCCCCUGGACUUAGGAGCCGGGGAGACAUCUGAUGACGUCGCUCCUGGCAGCAUCUGCUACGAUGGCGAAAUCAUUCCUAUUCACAUCAGCACAGAUAACACCACUUGCGGUGAACCAGUUGCACACUGCGAGCCUGGCUCCGUCUGUAUUUCUGGCGUCUGUAUCAGCGACUUGUACGAUCCCAGUUGCGGCCAUGGCGAUAAGCCUGGGUCUGGUGGCGCUGCUGGCGGCAACUCCAAGCCUCACCAUGACGGCAAUCGCAAGCCCGUUCACGGUGACCGACCCUCAAACACCAUCUGGAGGCCCGCGCCAAUCUGCCCACCUGGCAAGGUUCAGGCCGGCCAUCUCUGCGUCGAUGUCUUCGGAGACGCCAAAGACUGCUCCGGCAAAUCAUGCUCCUCCAGCUCACUCUGCUGCCGGGGACGCUGCAUUGACUUCGACGUUGGAUCUGACGCGUCCGAUUGCGACGGGAAGUGCGGCGACGGCUACUUCUGCUACGAUAAGGAGUGCUAUCCUUCCGAGAUUGAGCCCGUCCUGCAGUGCGGCUCGCAGCAGUGUGCUCCUCACCAGGCCUGCCUGGGUGGUAAAGUCUGCCUCGACGUCACCGGUGACCCACAGAGUUGCGAGAACAGCGAGCCAUGCCCCGCGAACAACGUCUGCAUACUCGGAAGCUGUGUCUCCGUCGACACUGGCGAGGAUCCCAAUGCGUGCGGACCCAAAGCCCUGACAUGCCCUCCUGGCACUCUUUGCUUGGACUCCGAGUGCAUCUCUGCCGGCAUCCCGGGUUUCCCUGGCGGACCCGGCUUCCCUGGCGGACCCGGCUUCCCUGGCGGACCUGGCUUCCCUGGCGGACCCGGCUUCCCUAGCAGACCCGGCUCCCCUAGUGGACCCGGCGGACCUGGUGAAGCUGGCAAGCCAGGCAAGCCAGGCGGUUCGGGCGGCGUUGGCAUCCCUGGCGGGAAGCCUGGCCCCGACGAGUCUGAGUGCAGCCCCUCCUGCGGCGACGAUUCUCUCUGUAUCGCCAAGGAGUGCCGCGUUCUCGGGGAUCCCGAUAACUGCUUCAGGGACUCUGCCCGACUUAAAUCUCGACAGACCUCGUCGUCAUCUACCCAAUGUACGUCUUCUGAGACGUGUCUCGACGGCGAGUGCGUGCCUGUCGAAGGUCCUGGAGCUUGCGGUUCCGACUGUGUGGCUCCCUUCAGCUGCGUCCUUGACUCCUGUGUACGCACUCCACCUACUGGCACGCCAGAUGGCUCUGGAAACCCAGGCGAGCCCCUUGCGUGUGGUGCCAACGGCCCCUGCGACGAUGGCGAGGUUUGCGUUGAUAACCAGACUUGCAUCAACCUUGGCACCGAUCCCCAGAACUGCGGCACCGUCGACAGACAGUGCCCAGAUGCCUCGCCUCUAUGCAUUGCGGGCAUCUGUCGAGGCGCAGCUCUUCCCCAGUGUGGAGCUGAUCCCUGCCUGCCUGAUAUCGAGAUUUGCAUCAACAACAUCUGCAUCAAACCCUCUACCGACUUGAACAACUGCGGCACUCCCGGAAACAAGUGCUCCGCCGGUGAAGUCUGCGCAGCAGGUGUUUGCCAGCGUCCUGACGGCCCCAAUCCUCCUGGCCAGUGCGGAACUACCGCUUGCGCCCUCGGCGAAAUCUGCGUCGAUGGAAACACGUGCGUCAACCUGAGCAAUGAUCCCGAUAACUGCUCAACUCCUGGUAACGCCUGUCCUGACGACCGCCCUCUCUGCCUAACGGGUGUCUGCACCGCAUUGCCUCCUGCACAGUGCGGCACCGAGACUUGCGUGGGCAACCAGAUCUGUCGCAACAACCUUUGCGUAGACCCUUCUGUCGACGACAACAACUGCGGCUCCGACCUGGUUCAGUGCACCAGCCCUCUUGUCUGCCAGAGCGGCGUCUGCGCGCCUCUGACUGGCCCUGAUGACCCCGUUACUGGUCCCGGCGACCCUGUGACUGGUCCUGGCAAAGAGGGUGACGCCUGUGGCCUCAACCUGCCCCUUUGUGGCGAGCCUCUUCUCUGUCGUGGCGGUGAGUGUGCUGUCCUGGGAGUGCCUGGCGGCGAGGGUGACGUCAACGACGCAUGUGGACCUGGUCUGCCUCCAUGCCGGAGCUCUCUGAGCUGCCAGAACAACAUCUGCUUGCCUUCCACUAUUCCUCCUGGUGGUGAUGAUGCCGGCGUGACAGGUGAUGCCUGUGGUCCCAACCUACCCCCUUGUGAGAGCACUCUCGUCUGCCAGAACAACAUUUGCGCGCCACCCAUCAGCGGACCCGGCGAUACCGAUGGAGGUGAAGCUGGCAACGCUUGCGGCCCCGAUCUCCCUCUCUGCAAGUCGCCACUUCGAUGCCUAAACAACGUCUGCCUAGGCCCAAUCACGACUCCUGGCGGCGACAAUGGCGGUAACGUCGGCGAUGCUUGCGGUCCUGCUCUGCCGCCUUGUCAAUCUACCCUUCUGUGCCAGAACGCUGUUUGCCUGCCCCCCAUUGGUGGUCCUGGCGAUGGAGGCGAAGGCGAGCUUGGAGAUGCUUGCGGCGCUGGCUUGCCCCCUUGCCAGUCUACCCUCGAGUGCCAGAACGCUAUCUGCUUGCCUCCUAACCCUGGCUCUGGAGGCGAUGGUGAAGGCAGCCUCGGCGAUGCCUGUGGCUCCGAGCUGCCCCCUUGCGAAGCGAACCUCGAGUGUCGCAAUGAUAUUUGCCUUGAGCCUGUCAACGGCGGCAACGGCGGUGGCGUGCAGGGCGAUGCCUGUGGUGAGGGUCUUCCCGCGUGCCAGACCACGCUUGAGUGUCAGAACAACAUCUGUCUUCCUGCUAUCGACCCCAUCGUCAACAACGGCGGCGAGCAGGGCGACGCUUGCGGCGAGAACCUCCCUGCUUGUAACACGGGCCUCGAAUGCCAGAAUGAAAUUUGUCUGCCUCCUAUCAACUCCGGCGGCGACGAUGGCGGCGAGAACGGUGAUGCCUGUGGCGAGGGACUCCCCGAGUGCCAGGCUCCCCUUACCUGCCAGAAUGCCAUCUGUCUUCCCGAAAUCGCUGGCCCCGGAGAUGAAGGUCAACAAGGCGAUGCUUGCGGCCUCAACCUUCCCAUGUGCGAGGCACCACUCACCUGCCAGGGCAACGUCUGUUCGCCUCCCGAGAUCGGUAUUCCUAGCGGCCCCACUGACGGCUCCGAGGGCGCCAACUGCGGAAGCAACCUGACUCCCUGCCAGUCUCCCUUGACCUGCCAGGCUGGUAUUUGUCUCCCUGUCGGUGGUCCCGGGACCGGCGGUCCCGGGGCCCCCUGUGGCGACGAUGUUGGUCCUUGCAUCUCUCCCCUCACCUGCGAGGAUGGUAUCUGCCUGCUGCGAGAGGAUCCAGGUGACGGCAAUCUUGGUGAUGAGUGCAGCGCGGACAAGCCUUGCCUCCGGCCCCUCUCUUGCGAAGCCGGCAUUUGUGUCGGACCUGGAAACCCUGGUGAAGGUGGUCCUGGCGAGGCCUGCGGCGCAGAAACUCCUUGCAAGGCUCCUCUUCAGUGCCAGAACGAUAUCUGCCUCGCACCAUCCGAUGGUGGCGAAGAUGCCCCGGGAGGACUCGGAGACGACUGCAAAGCUCUCUCGCGCAGCGCAGCUGAGCCCUGUCUUGCCCCCCUCACCUGCGAGAAUGGCAAGUGUGCUCUACUGGCCGGCCCUGGUGCUGAGUGCAACGACGACACGCCUUGCCGCAGCCCUCUCGAGUGUCAGUCAAACGUCUGUGUUGCGCCCAAUGCAGGAGGCGGCGAUGCGGGAGGCCCCGGUGAUGCUUGUGACGCCGAGUCGCCCUGCCGUCUUCCUCUCCAAUGCCAGGGGGGCAGCUGCGUCAACCCUGGCAACAACAAUGAUGCGUGCGACGACGACACACCAUGCAGGACUCCCCUUACUUGCCAGGAGGGUACCUGUCUUCCGCCCACUGAGCCGGCCGGCCCCGGCGAUGCCUGCAACGCUGAGACCAUCUGCGCUGCCCCCUUCGAAUGCCGCAACGAUGUUUGCGUCGCACCGACGACGAACCCCGACGAAGGCAACCUGGGCGAUGAUUGCAGUGCUGAAAACCCGUGCCGCAGUCCCCUCGGCUGCGAAUCUGGCAAGUGUGCUCUCCUUGGCGCCGCUGGCGAUGAGUGCGCCGACAACAAGCCUUGCCGGACCCCCUUGACCUGCCAGUCUGGAACAUGCGCUGUCGACCCCGGCCCCAACAAUGGCGGCGGCGGCGGCGGCGGAGCUGGCGAUCAGUGUAGCGAAGCCAACCCUUGCGCAACGCCUCUCGAGUGCCGCAACGACGUCUGUGUCCUCCCUGGCGCGCCUGAGCUUGGCGACCUUGGCGAUACCUGCACCGGCGCGACACCGUGCCGCAGCCCCUUGGACUGUGUGGGAGGCAUCUGUGCCAACCUUGGCGGCGCUGGCGACCAGUGUGAUGACAACGCCCUAUGCCGAACGCCUCUUCUAUGCCAGUCCGGUACUUGUACCGCCCCGGAUCUCGGUAACGAGCUCCCCCCUGGCGGCGGCGGAGGCGGCGGCGGUGCUGGCGCUGGUGACCAGUGCAGCGAGACAACCGUCUGCGCCUCGCCUCUUGAAUGCCGCAACGAGAUUUGUGUUCUUCCCGGUGCUCCCGACCUCGGAGAUGCUGGCGACAGCUGUUCGGCUACGAGUCUUUGCCGCGUGCCUCUGAGUUGCGAGGCUGGUACUUGCACCAACCUCGGCGGCGCUGGCGACCAGUGCAACGAAAACUCCCCUUGCCGGACGCCUCUGCUCUGCCAAGCCGGUACUUGCACCGUUCCCGGUCUCGGCAACGAACUGCCCGGCGGUGGCGGUGGCGGUAACACUGGUGGCCUUCCCGGCGACGAAUGCAGCACUGAGAAGCCCUGCCUGGCACCCAACGAGUGCGACGCCAACAUCUGUGUCGCCCCCGCGGGCCCCGGAGGCGGCGGCAACAGCGGUGACAGCUGCGGACCCGAGACGCCUUGCAACGUUCCUCUCCUCUGCGGUCUGUCCAAUGUCUGCGUUCUCCCCGGAGGUCUGGCGGAUACCUGCUCGAACGAGGCGCCCUGCCGGCCCCCUCUUACGUGCCAGAACGGUGCCUGUGCUGUCGCCGAAACACCCGCUGGGGGUCUACCAGGCGAUGUCUGCAGCACCGAGCAGCCCUGUCAAGCGCCCAACGAGUGUUCUGGCGGUGUUUGCGUCAUUCCUGGCGCCGGGCCCGGAGCCGGCGGCAACUCAGGUGAUGCCUGCAGCACCGAGAACCCUUGCAACGUGCCGCUCAUUUGUAGCCCGAACUCUGUGUGUAUCCUCCCCGGAGAGCUGGAUGCUACCUGUUCAAGCGAUGCUCCAUGCCGCACACCUCUGGUCUGCGCGUCUGGCGUGUGUGCCGUCGACCCUGGUCCGAACAACGGAGGCGGUGACAAUGGCGGCUCCGGCGGUCCGGGUGACCUCUGCGCUGCAGUUGGCGACUGCCAAACACCUCUCGAUUGCCGUGCCGGCGUCUGUGUCAUUGUGGAAGGACCAGGUGGUGGUGAUGUUGGCGAUAGCUGUUCCACCGUCGUUGACAUUCUCCGCAGGUCCGCUGCGAACGUCUGCAACCUUCCCCUGAUCUGUGGUCCCGCCAACACUUGCAUUUCUCCGGUUGAUCUCGACGGCGUUUGCAGCGACCAGGCACCCUGCCGUUCGCCGCUCGUCUGUCUUUCCGGUGUCUGCGCAGUCGACUCUCUCCCUCCCGCCGCGGGCGGCAAUGCUGGCGACACCUGCAGCCUCACCUCGCCAUGUGCCCUGCCGCUCAUCUGCGGCCCUGCCGGUACUUGCAUUUCUCCGGUGGAUCAGGACGGCGCUUGCGAUGACGAUAAGCCGUGCCGUACGCCCCUGACCUGCCAGUCCAACGUCUGUCUCCCUCCUACAUCCACUGGUGGAGGUGGUGGUAUCGGACUCGGCGGCACCUGUGGCGAGGGCGCCAUCUGCUUCUCUGCUUUCGAGUGCCUUUUCAACAUAUGCAUCGACCCCAACAGCAAUGGCGGAAACAACGGUGGCAACAACGGCGGUGAGACGGGCGGCCCCGGAAGCCAGUGCAGCAGCGAAUCUCCUUGUCUUCUUCCCCUUGUGUGCGGCCCUGCCGGCACAUGUCUGCUGCCCGCCGCCGAGAAUGGGCAGUGCAACGACGACACCCCCUGCCGCUCGCCCCUCACUUGCCAGUCUGGCGUCUGUCUUCCCGCCGUCACAACUCCCGGUGGUGGAGGAGGUGGUGACACCGGCGGUGCUGGCGCUGGCGCUGCUUGCAACGACCAGACGCCCUGCGCAACACCUCUCCAGUGCACCAACGACAUCUGCGUUGUCCCUACUCCUGGUGGUCGCAACCUCGGCGAGAGCUGUGAUGCUACCAGCAUCUGCUCGCUGCCCCUGGCCUGCGAGUCGGGCACUUGCACGAACCUGCGUAACCUUGACGAAACAUGCGAUGGAACGCUUAUCUGCCGUUCGCCCUUGACCUGUGGCGAGACCGGUCGUUGUACGGCCCCGACAACGACGACACCGAAUGUUCCUGAUCUUGGACAGCUUGGCGAUGAUUGCAGCACUACCCUUCCCUGCAUCCCAGCUCUUGUCUGCGGUGCCACCAAUGUCUGCGCCACGCCAGGUGUUGAGCUCGGCGCCUCUGGCGAAGCUUGCAGCGAGACGAAGCCCUGUCUCCCCGGCCUCACCUGCGGCUCUGACAACACUUGCGGCCCCAUCACGACUAUUCCCAACCCACCUGAACCUGGUCCUCUCGGAGCGCCCUGCAGCGCUACCCUGCCUUGUGUGACAGGGCUCAUCUGUGGCACCGGCGACAUCUGCGCCGUGCCAGAGACGGAUCCUAUCAUUGACACACCCCCGCCCGGCGACGUCGGCGACGCCUGCAGCUCGACCUUGCCCUGUCUGUCAACGCUCAUCUGCGGUACUGAUGACAAGUGUGCCGCGCCCUCACCGCAAACCCCUGGUGGCGCUGGAGAUGUCUGUGGUCCUCUGAAGCCGUGCGAGAGUCCUCUGUUCUGCAGCGAGGGUCUGGUCUGUGUUGAUGCAACAAUUACCCCUCCCGCCGGCGGCAACGUUGGAGAAGCUUGCAGCCUCACACUUCCCUGCCUGAGCCCCUUCCUCUGUGAGGGCGAAGUCUGCAUUCCCGCCACUGGCGGACAGGGACAAGGUGGUCUGAACGACGAGUGCAGCACCGCCAAGCCCUGUAUCUCGCCCCUCAUCUGUGGUAGCGAGAACAAGUGCACGACUGCCCCUGCUGCCAAUGUGCCUGGAGCUGUCGGCGACGCAUGCACUGUUGUCAGCGACUGCGCGACUGGCCUCGUCUGCACCGACAGCAAAUGUGCCCUGCCUCCCGUCGUCCCUGGCAAGCUCGGCGCCACCUGCGGCGACAACCAGCCUUGCGAGACCCCUCUCGUCUGCGGCACUGGCAACGUCUGCGCAGCCCCGCCUCCUGGUGAUCUCGGCGCCACCUGCGGCACCCUUCAACCCUGUGCCGCGCCCCUUGUCUGCGGCGAGGGGGAUAUCUGUGCCACGCCUCCCCCGGCUGGCAGUGGUCAACCCUGCGGUCCCAGCCAGCUUUGCGCCUCGCCUCUCGUCUGCGGCUCGUCCAACGUCUGCGAGGACGCUCCCACCGACGUGCCCGGAGGCGCUGGCGCUGCCUGCAGCGCACGGAAACCCUGCUUGGCUCCUCUCGUCUGUGGUGAGUCCAGCACGUGCGAGACGCCGACGGUGACCCCAGGUGCUGUCGGUGAGUCUUGCAGCCCUACCGCGCCCUGCCUGAGCCCGCUUCUCUGCAACAGCAACGUCUGCGAGGCGCCUGUCGUCAACACGCCGGGCGGUCCCGGCGAGACCUGCAGCGAGACCCGUCUGUGCCGCGCGCCCCUCGUCUGCGGCAGUGGAAAGACGUGCGAGACACCGGCCGAGACGCCCGGCAACCUCAACGACCCUUGCAGCACUACCCGACCCUGCUUGAGCCCCCUGCAGUGCUCUGAAGGCGGCACCUGUGUGGCCGGCGUCACCCCGCCCGUCACCGGCGAAACCUGCGGAAGCGGUCGUUGCACGAACGCCCAGAUCUGCAUCCAGAGCCCCAUCGGCAACGCUUUUGUCUGUGUAGCCCUCGCUCCCGGGUCCCAGGGUGGUAACGCGGGCACCAACUGCGGCAACACGGGUCGCGCGUGCUCGUCAGCCGAGAUCUGCAUUGAGUCAGUCGCUCUUCCCGGCUCCUAUAUCUGUUUCAACCGACCUACUAUCGGCGGCAACACGGGCGGCAAUGGUGGUACAACUACACCGCCAACCGGCGGCGGCGGCGGCGGCGGCGAGACCCCUUCAGGAACCAAGUGCGGCAGUGCUACCUGCCCCACCGGUCAAACAUGUCUGAAUGCCGCCACCAGCUCGUGCGGUCUCGCUGGCGACGCUGGCACGACAACGCCCGCGCAGAACACUCAGUGUGGCGAUAAGGUCUGCCCGGGCGUCCAGAUCUGCAUCAACUUCGGUCCAUUCAACUUUGGCGGCAAAGUCUGCGGCCUCCCAGGCGAGACGGGCGUUACCCUCGGCACCGGCAUUCUCUGCGGCAACAUUCGUUGCGGACCUUUCCAGCGCUGCGAGGAUGCCACGCGCAGCAGGUGUACCUUCAACCCCUUUAGCGGCACCAACACAGGACCCUCGACCGGCGUCAGCGCUGGUGGUGAGGGUUCUGUGACCGUGCCCGGCGGCACAGUCGGAGCCGGAGGCAGUGUCAACGCUGGCGCCAACGGUGGCACCGGUGGUGUCAACGCCGGAGCUAAUGCCGGUGCCAACGUUGGUGCAGGCGGUGUCAAUGCCGGCGCCAACGUCGGCGGCGGUGUAAAUGCUGGAGCUAAUGGCGGCACUGGUGGUGUCAACGCCGGCGCCAACGGAGGCGCCACUGGCGGUGUCAAUGCCGGAGCUAACGGAGGUGCCACUGGCGGUGUCAAUGCCGGUGGCAACGUCGGCGGCGGUGUCAACGCUGGAGCCAAUGGUGGUGCUACUGGCGGUGCCAACGCUGGAGGUGGUGUCAAUGCCGGAGCCAAUGGCGGCGCUACCGGCGGUGCCAACGCCGGCGCCAACGGAGGUGCUACUGGCGGUGCCAACGCCGGUGCCAACGGAGGUGCUACCGGCGGCGUCAACGCCGGAGCCAACGCUGGAGGCGGUGUCACCGCUGGCGGUAACGCUGGUACUGGUGGUGCCAGUGCCGGAGCCAAUGGAGGUGCCAGUGGUGGUGUCAAUGCUGGGGCCAACGCCGGCGGAUCAGGUGCCAACGCUGGUGCCAAUGGAGGUGCCAGCGGUGGUGUCAACGCUGGAGCGAAUGGUGGUGGUGGUGCCAGUGCCGGAGCCAACGGAGGUGCCAGCGGUGGUGUCAACGCCGGUGCCAAUGCCGGCGGAUCUGGCGUCAACGCUGGUGCCAAUGCCGGUGGAGGCGCCACCGCUGGUGGCAGUAGCAGCGGCGGCAACACACAACAGCCUGCCGGCGCUGGACAGCGUUGCGGCGGCAUCCUCGGAUUCGGCUGUCCUCCCUUCACCAGGUGCGAGGGCAAGACUUGUGUCGCCUUCGGCAUCGGCUUCGGCAUCGGUGCUUAG